UGAGCUGCUGCUAAGCCUCACACAAAGGCAGGGCCUCCCUCCUUCCCCAGAGAGCCGGCCUGCCCUGCUUUCCUCGUUCUGCAGCAGUGAGGCCAGAGGUGUUUAAAAUAGGCGUAAAGCACCCACAGGAGCUCCUGUGCGAGGACGCGAGCUAUCCCAGCUCCGUUCUUCUCCCCUCUUUCGCCGUGUUAACGAAGCGGGCUGCCUCCUGAGCGCAGCUGAGCGCAGCCCGCACCGAGCAUUGCGCUGUGCGAAGGACAACGGCGGCGCUCCCCCCUUCCGUCAGGAGCAUGGCAAGGGAUAUGUGCCACACACGGUGCUGGAGGAUGCUCUGGGCAGGGGACGAGGUCCCGCUGGAGCCCUCCUCCCGGCCUGGAAGCCGCCUGUCGCUACGAGGUCCCCUGGAGGCGGCACUCCUACAGACACAAAGCGGAGGGGCGCCCAACAUGGCGGCAGCGGCCGGGGGCGCUCAAAAUGGCGGCGAGGGGCGGCCAAGAUGGCGGCGGGCGGCCCCCGGGGUAUCCCCUCAGCAGGCGGCGGGGAGGCGACCGGGCCCCCGAGGGGGAGGCGGGGGCGGAGGGCGGGCGGCACCGCCUCCAGGCGGGUCUAGCGCUAGCGGGAGGUGCUGGCGGAGGCGGACGGCGAUGCGGUUCCCCGGCGGGACAGGGCUAGCUCGGCUGGUGCUCGCGUUGUGCUUGUGGUGGCAGGUGCCGCGCCGCAGCGCCGCAGGAACAGCAGAAGUAGUCUUUGGGAAGGUGGGAGGAAGCAUCCUCCUCUUGUGCCGUAAUGUCUCCAAAGAAGCCACUGAGGUGCUGUGGUUCCAAGGGGAUCCGCGCUCCUUUCCCCCGCUCUUCUCCUCGAGGGUCUCCUUCCCCCCCGACGUCCGCUUUUCCCUGGUGGACAACAGCUCUCUGCGCAUCACGGAGCUGCGUCUGCAGGACGAGGGCAACUACACUUGUAAGGAAGUGCUGAACAAGACAGACCACGAGCACAGAGUCCAGCUCCUCGUAGCCAAUCCACCACGGUCCACCCCAAAGUGCUGGGCUGAGACCUCGUCCUCGGGGCUGAUGCUGCAGCUGUUUUGCAGUUGGCCCGGGGGGUAUCCCCAUCCCACCCUGCACUGGACAGAAGAGGGGCACGAUCUGGAGAACUCCAGCUGGCUCAUCAGCUCCACGAGCUCCUCGGACACCCACGUGGAAACACUGAACAGCUCCCACCUCUCCCACCGUAAAGUGUUCAAGUGUGUUGGGAGCCACGUCGUCGAGCAGGAGGAGCCUGCAUGCUCUGUGGAGAUAAAAAUCCCCUCGCUGGAAUUGGAGCCCCCAAAGACCUGUUUUGUGGGUGACAACGUGACCCUGACGUGCCGUGUGACCGAGAGCGUGCCUGCAGCAAGACUCACCUGGCUGCGGGGCAUCACCCAGCCAGAGAUCGAGCCCGGGGGGAGGUACUUCAUUGCCCAGGAGGGCAACGUGUCCCGCCUCACCAUCCGGAACUGCUCCCAGGGCACCGACGGGGGCUGUUACGUCUGCAAGGCACAGAACCCCGUGGGGCUGAGGGAGGUGUUCGUCUGCCUGACGGUGAAGCAACCAACAAACAUAGUUGGAGUCGUGGGUGCAGUGGUGGUCCUAUCCCUGAUAGCUAUUCUCGCCAUCUCCGGGGUUGUCUUGUACUACAAUCCUCUCUUGUGCCUCAGAGGUGCUGCAUUCAGGAGCCAGGACUCGGAUGAUGUCUUAGUGCUGGUGGACUCAGAAGAUGAUGAUGAUGAGGGGAACGGGGAAGAGGACACGAUGGGCAGCUCCAGCAAGCACGGGGUGAUGGCGCUGGUCAAUGGGAACAGCAUCCAGGCUGCUUCUCUCAACUGCCCUUCAGAAGGUGACAAGAGCGAGCAGCGCGGUGGGGUCCCUCUUCAGCAGACAAGUGGAGAAGACACACGAGGCACAUAAUCUCCAUUCCUUCUCAUGGAAAUGCACGAAGCUCCAGCUGGAAGCCCAGCACCAGGCGUCCUCACAGCCACGUGGCUGAGUGCAGGCUGCUGGCAUCCUGCAGCCAGAGCACCCCGCUUCCCUCUCCACUCCCCCAGCUUUCACUCCAUCCUUCCAGCCUCAUUUCUCCCCUUCUUCUCUCCUCUUUUCCCGUUCCUCUUUGUCUCAGAUACCCUUCUUAACAAGGUGACACCCAGCGCACAGAGCUCAGGAAAUAGGUGCCAGUGGGCUGCUCAUCUCAGUGUCUGUCAGCCUCGGGCAUGGUAUGGGGUUCUGGCUCAGCACUGGCAAUGCCAGGGCAGGGGGGAGCACAAUGGGGAACAUUGCAUUGGGGCCACCAAGUGGCUGUGCCCCAGGGUGAUGGAAGAAACAACUGGUAUAUGGGGCAGGAUGGGGGGGUGGAGGGGGAUGUUGACUCUCCAAGGAGGCUUAAUUGUUUUUAUUAUAAAUAAUUUUUGUUCCCAA